AUGACAAGGCCAGAUAUUAGCUUUGUAGUUCAAACAUUGAGUCAAUUCUUACAAAGUCCAAAGAAGUCACACAGGGAAGCAGCUAUUAGAGUUGUUAAAUAUAUAAAGGUACAUCUUGCUAUGGGAAUAUUAUUGAGCAGUAAAAAGGAAAACAAGUUGACAACAUAUUGUGAUGCAGACUGGGCAUCAUGUCCAGAUACAAGAAGAUCUGUAACAGGGUUUAUAAUUAAACAUGGAGAGUCCUUGGUAUCAUGGAGAUCCAAGAAGCAAGCAACCAUUUCUAGAAGUUCAGCAAAAUCAGAGUAUAGGAGCAUGGCUUCUAUUGUUUCAGAGUUGGUUUGUCUUACAGCAUUAUUCAAGGAACUCGGAGAGGAACUAGAAAUGCCAAUAAAUGUUUUUUUGUGA